AAAGUGCUGCACGUCCUUGGGCGAAGAGGGGAGGUGACUCGGAGCUGCUGAGGACGCAAAAUGAGGGCCCUACGGGUGAGGCCCCAGCACGGGCUGUGUCGGGGUGGAGGGGAACCCCACAACCCAGAUGCCUAACCUAAACAUGCCAGGAUCCGGAGUCUUAGAACAGGUCUCCCAGGCUCUGGUCCGGUCUUUUAGCUCAUCUACCAGAAGCCACUUAGAAAACCGUGUGGCAGAGAAGCAGAAGCUCUUCCAGGCCGACAAUGACCUCCCAGUACACUUGAAAGGCGGGGGAAUGGACAACGUCCUGUACAGACUGACCAUGACGCUGACUCUGGGGGGCACUGCCUACUGCUUAUACUGCUUGGGCUGGGCCUCCUUCCCCCACAAGAAGUGACACCAAGAAGCUUGGAGGACUUGGACAAACAUCAAUAAAUAUGCUAAUCUCUUGAGAACCCAA